AAUUAAUAUCUAUAAUAUUUGACAACAGAUUCGUUGGUACAGAAUGCAUAUCAAACUCGUUUUAAUUUUUGCGUUGAUCGCAAUCCUUGCGAUAAACUGCGGAGAUUCCCUUAGAUUCAGGCGAUUUCGUCUUCGACGAAUCGUUAGGAAGGUUGGAAGAUUUACAAGAAAAAUUGGAAGAGGGUUAAUACGAGGCAUUAAAAGAGUUGGUAAAAUUGGAAGCAAGAUCUGGAAGUUUGGGAAAAAAGUGAUAUCAAACUGGAGCGAAGUAAAAAAAUUGAUCAGUUGCUUCAAAACUGUAAAACGUCUGUUGUCUACCUUUGGAAUAUUGGGCGAUAAUCCCGUGCAACAGAUGAAAAUUUUGCGUGACGAGAAUCCUCAAGCAUACAGUGACAUCAUGACUGAAAUAGAAAAAGUUGUCCAAGAAGAAUAUGGAGAGGAAACUGACGAAAUGAUGAAAGGGUUUGACACAGUCAUGGAACUAGAUAUGAACGACUUACUCGAUCUAUCGGACGAUCUGGACCAAAUGGGAAAUGAUGAAAUUCUCGAUGACGAAGACAACGUUGCCAUGUUUUUCGAAAAUUGAUUGGACACGUGAAUGAAUAUAUAUAUAUAUAUAUGUCAUAUAUAUAUAUAAAUAUAAACAUGAGCUGACACUCUUGAUCCUUUUUAGUGAAAUUAUAUAUACAGUAUUGAAUAUUUCAAUAAAUUCACUUGCUUUA